GAACGAUCGGCCUGGAUCCAGAUUGUAUUUAUACCUUGGUACACUGUUAGAUCUGGCUGUAAUAUCUGUAGUUUUUAACUGUAUUUUACAAUUUUUUUUUUUUUUUUUGUGAUACACUUUCACAGUUUUUCAAUCAAAAAGGCAUCCUCCCAGCAGAGUCCCCAUCAGGAAUCAUCAGGUCUGGAUCGACAGAAAAAUGGGGGGGACUGUUUCUGAAAUGAGCCCUUCUGGGGAGGGUAAGGAUAGAGGAGCUGUUUCUGAAAUGAGCCCCUCUGCGGAGGGUAAAACAAAGAGAGCCGAGAGUGUCCUGAUGAAGAGAGCAGACUCCCCUGCACCCUGCCGUGUUUCCAUGGAGAGUGACUGGUCGAUGGGAAAUCCACUCAACUUCAGAGAGGGACCUUUUCCUACAGAUCAAAGAGUCCCCAGCAGAAGUCAUCAAGUCUGGAUUGACACAAAAAUGGGGGGAGUUGCUUCUGAAAUGAGCCCUUCUGAGGAGGGUAAAACAAAGAGAGCCGAGAGUGUCCUCAUGAAGAGAGCAGACUCACCUGUACCCUGCCGUGUUUCCAUGGAGAGUGACUGGUCGAUGGGAAAUCCACUCAACUUCAGAGAGGGACCUUUUCCUACAGAUCAAAGAGACCAAGUGAAACAAUGUGAUUCAGAUCCACAUGGAAGAGAUGAAUCAUGCAUCGUCAAGUUACUAGAGGAAAAAGCUGUAAAGUUUCUAAAGGAUGAGCUGAAGAAGAUCAUGAGGUACCUAGAUCAGAAUUACCCAGAAUGCUGUGAGUCUCAGCUGGAGAAGGACAAUGAUGUCAACAGCGAUGGUCAGAUGCAGAAGACCUGUGGUAGAGAGGGAGCUCUGAAGAUCACACUGUACAUCCUGAGGACCAUGGAGCAAAAUGAUCUCGCUGACAUGCUGGAGAAGAGGCAUCUUCUGUCACAAUGUCAGCGCAGAAUCAAAUGUAACCUGAAGCGGAAAUUUGAGUGUGUAUUUGAAGGGAAAGCUAAGGGAGGACAGCCAACACUUCUCAGUGAGAUUUACACAGAACUCUACAUAACUGAAGGUGGGACUGGAGGAGUCAAUGAUGAACAUGAAGUGAAACAGAUUGAAACAGCAUCCAAGAAAAGGCGAACAGAAGAUACUACAGUCAAGUGCAAUGAUAUAUUUAAACCCAUAUGUGGGCGUGAGACACCUAUCAGAACUGUACUCACUAAAGGGGUGGCAGGUAUCGGGAAAACAGUCUCUGUGCAGAAAUUUAUUCUCGACUGGGCAGAAGGAAAAGCAAACCAGGAUGUUCACUUCAUAUUCGCUCUUCCUUUCCGGGAGCUGAAUUUGAUAAAGGAUCAGUACAGUUUGAUUGAACUACUUCACCACUUUGUCCCAGAACUGAAAUCAUUUGAACCCUCUGAGCUGUUUAGGUACAAAGUCUUGUUCAUCUUGGAUGGUCUGGAUGAGUGUCGCCUUCCUCUGGAUUUUCAGAACAAUGAGAGUUGGUUUGAUGUAACAAAAAAAACGUCACUGGAUAUGCUGUUGACUAACCUCAUUAAGGGGAAUCUGCUCCCAUCUGCUCUCCUCUGGAUAACCUCCCGGCCAGCAGCAGCCAAUCAGGUACCUCCUGAGUGUGUCCACCAGGUGACAGAGAUACGAGGGUUCAGUGAUGCCCAGAAGGAGGAGUAUUUCAGGAGGAGAUUCAGUGAUGAGAGCCUGGCCAGCAGGAUUAUCACACAUGUGAAAUCAUCAAGGAGCCUCUUCAUCAUGUGCCACAUACCUGUGUUCUGCUGGAUUUCAGCCACAGUCAUUGAAAGGCUAUUUAGUGAGAUUGACAGGGGAGAAAUUCCAAGGACUCUGACUGAAAUGUACACACACUUCCUGAUCUUUCACACAAGUUUAAAAAAUAACAAGUACAUGAAAAAACAUGAAACCCAGCUCGAUAAAUCCUGUGAAUCUGACAGAGAAUUCCUUUUAAAACUUGGUAAACUGGCUUUCCAUAACCUUGAGAAAGGCAAUCUCAUAUUUUAUGAGCAAGAUCUGACAGAGAAUGGCAUCGAUGUCACUGAAGCUUCAGUUUACUCUGGAGUGUGCACAGAAGUCUUUAAGGAGGAGUAUGGGUUCUAUCAGGAGAAGGUGUACUGCUUUGUGCAUCUGAGCAUCCAGGAGUAUCUCGCUGCUUUAUACAUGUUUCUGUCAAAUUCAUCAGCUGACCUGCUGAAGACUGCAGUGGAUCAGGCAUUAGAGAGCAAGAAUGGACACUUGGACCUUUACCUGCGCUUCCUCCUGGGCCUCUCAACAGACUCCAGUAAGACUCUGUUACAAAGGCUACUGGGACAGAAAAGAAUCGGCUCAUUUAAGGAAAACAGGAACAAAACAGUCCAGUACAUCAAGGGAAAAAUACAGGAGAAUUUAUCCCCAGAAAGGACCAUCAACCUGUUCCACUGUCUGACUGAACUGGGUGACAAUUCUGUAGUAGAGGAAGUACAAAGAUACCUGAAUUCAGGACGUCUUUCACCAGAAGUCCUCUCACCUGCACAGUACUCAGCUCUGACCUUUGUGCUGCUGAUGUCAGAUGAGGAGCUGGAUGUGUUUGAUCUGAAGAAAUUCAUCAGAUCAGAUAAAGAGCACUGGAGGCUGCUGCCUGUGGUCAAGACAUCUAAGACAGCUCUGCUGAACAGCUGUAAACUCACAGAGAAAUGCUGUGAGGUGCUGGCUUCAGCUCUCAGAUCAAACUCCUCACCCCUGAGAGAGCUGGACCUGAGUGACAAUGACCUGCAGGAUUCAGGAGUGAAGCUGCUCUCUGCUGGACUGGGGGAUUCACACUGUAAACUGGAGAUACUGAGGUUGUCAGGCUGUAGAAUCACAGAAACAGGCUGUUCUUCUCUGGCUUCAGCUCUGAGGUCAAACCCCUCACACCUGAGAGAGCUGAAUCUGAGCCUCAAUCACCCAGGAGACUCAGGAGUGAAGCUGCUCUCUGCUGUACUGGAGGAUCCCAUCUGUAAACUGGAGAAGCUGAAGCUGUCAGGCUGUGGAAUCACAGAGACAGGCUGUUCUUCCCUGGCUUCAGCUCUGAGGUCAAACCCCUCACACCUGAGAGAGCUGGACCUGAGCUACAAUCACCCAGGAGAUUCAGGAGUGAAGCUGCUCUCUGCUGGACUGGGGGAUUCACACUGUAAACUGGGGAUACUGAGGCUGUCAGGCUGUAAAGUCACAAAGACAGGUUGUUCUUCCCUGGCUUCAGCUCUGAGGUCAAACCCCUCACACCUGAGAGAGCUGGACCUGAGCUACAAUCACCCAGGAGACUCAGGAGUGAAGCUGCUCUCUGCUGUACUGGAGGAUCCCAGCUGUAAACUGGAGAAGCUGCAGGUGGACCGGUGUGAACUCACAGAGAAAUGCUGUGAGGUGCUGGCUUCAGCUCUCGGGUCAAACUCCUCACCCCUGAGAGAGCUGGACCUGAGUGACAAUGACCUGCAGGAUUCAGGAGGGAAGCUGCUCUCUUCAGGACUGGAGAAUCACCACUGUACAUUGGAAAUACUGAGGUUGUCAGGCUGUAGAAUCACAGAGACAGGCUGUUCUUCCCUGGCUUCAGCUCUGAGGUCAAACCCCUCACACCUGAGAGAGCUGGACCUGAGCUACAAUCACCCAGGAGACUCAGGAGUGAAGCUGCUCUCUGCUGUACUGGAGGAUCCCAGCUGUAAACUGGAGAAGCUGAAUGUGGAUCACGGUGGAGAGUGCAGGACCAGACCAGGCUUACAGAAAUACUUCUGCCAGCUGACGCUGGACCCCAACACAGCACACAGACGCCUGUCUCUGUCAGAGGGGAACAGGAAGGCGACAUGGGGGACAUGGCAGCCAUAUCCUGAUCAUCCAGAGAGAUUUGAGUACCGGCCCCAAGUUCUGUGCAGAGAGAGUCUGACGGGUCGCUGUUACUGGGAGGCUGAAUUGAGAGGAAUUGAUGCUCGGAUAGGAGUGACAUAUAAAGGAAUCGGGAGGAAAGGACAAAGUGUUGACUGUCAACUUGGAGCCAAUGACAAGUCAUGGAGUCUGCGCUGCUCACCUCACAGAAACAUAGAGCCCUCAGGUUCCUGCAGAGUAGGAGUGUAUCUGGACUGGGGGGCUGGUGCUCUGUCCUUCUACAGAGUCUCCUCUGAUGGACUGACCCUCCUGCGCAGGGUCACCUCCUCAUUCACUGAACCCCUAUAUCCAGGGUUUUUGGUUAGUGAAUACUCCUCCGUGUCGCUGUGCAUGCUGGGAUAGCUCACACUGUCCUGGAGGAAUCAUUUUUACUUUCUUAGAGUGACAUCUUGCUACUUCUCCCUGGUGAAAGGUUAAUCAUUUUAACUCUGAAGUGUGAUGUAUGUUAGACAAAAAAAAAAUGACAAGGUUCGGCGAGCUGAACAAACAUGAACAAACUUUUCUCUCUGACUAAAAUGUAAUGAAACAUAAGCCUCAUAAGUCUGGGGGACGGGGGGACAAUGUGUAUGUACAUCUUAUCUCUGUAUAUUGUUUUUCCUACCUGCAUAAUAGCAAUAAGGACUUUCUUUUCUAUCCUAUUAAUGUCGUGGUUCAUUGGUGACCAAAGGAUAGCUGCGUAACAUUAAGAAACCACAGUCUGAUUAAAUUCACUUUAAUUACUACUAAAACUAGGCAUAACUAACACAAUUACAAUAAAUCCGCAUGCAUAUUAACCAUCUAACAUGAGGCAGCGAAAGCAAAAAAAAAGUUAAUUAAUGCCAAAAAUAAGUCAUUCAAUUUUUUUUAAAUUGAAAAAAGCAAAACUUGUAGCCUGUGAGCAGAACUCCGUAUACUUGAUUACGGAGAAUUAUUUAAAAUGUAUUUGUACAGAAAUUGUUCUUUUCCGAACUUUUGAUCCCUAUAGGCUAUGCGGUUGAUCAGUAUAACCGCGAUCACUAUAUGCGUUUUUCGCUUUUCUGGAAUCCCGAUUUACGUGAUUCGUACGUAUGUUAGUUUAAGUUUCUUUCGUAUGUUAAAGUUUCUUUCUUUUUUAACAUUCACACUGGCAUUGUAGCAAUAAAGAUAAACCGCUUAACAUAA